GAAAGACAUCAUCAUUAAGGGAGUUGACACGAAAAAGAAAAAGGAAAGAGAAAUAGACAAAAGUAGACAAACGAGCCACCUGCAGACCCAAACCUCUCUCCCGCAUUCAAAGACCACCACUUCCCAUACACAACCCACCAUAGAUUAUAGAUUAUUAACCUCACUCACUAUCCCAUGAACCAAAAAACUUCAUAGAUCCCAAAAUGGACCCCACGAAACUGGUCACCGCAUCCUUUACCAAAGCCCUCCCCAAAAUCGAGCUCCACGCCCAUCUGAGCGGUAGUAUAAGCCGGCAAUGUCUCCAUGACCUCUGGCUCCAAAAAUGCACCGCAGACCCAACAUUCUCACUUGAAGACCCCCUCCUCGCAAUGCCCCCAGGCAAAGUAGACUACACCCUCGAAACCUUCUUCAACACCUUCAGCAACCUAACUUACCACCUUCUAACCGAUCUCCCCUCCAUAAAAUACGCCACAACCUCCGUCCUAACCGACUUCCUCCGCGACGGCGUCAAAUACCUCGAACUCCGCACCAUCCCCCGCUCCACCCCCGGCUUCACAAAGGAAGCCUACCUCUCCACCAUCCUCUCCACAAUAACCGCCUUCCAAUCCGCAAACCCAGCCCUAACCACCCGCCUCAUCCUCUCCAUAGACCGCGGCCACCACUCCGCCCCCGACGCCUCUGCCAUUGUCGACCUAGCCCUCUCCCUCAAACCGCUGGUCGUGGGCGUCGACAUAGCCGGUAAUCCCAGUAAAGGCGACGUUGCGAUCUUCGGGCCUGCGCUCGCCAAAGCCAAGGCCGGGGGUCUAGGCGUCACGGUGCAUUUCGGGGAGGUGAAGACGCCAGCGAGGGAGGGGGAGUUAGAAACGUUAUUGGGAUUUGGGCCGGAUCGGCUCGGCCAUGUUAUUCAUGUUGGGGAGGAUAUUAAGAGGGAGAUUGUGAGACGCGGGGUGGCGUUGGAAUUGUGUAUCUCUUGUAAUGUCCAUGCGAGGUUGUUUGAGGGGGGUUUUCUGGAUCAUCAUUUCGGGCAUUGGAGGGGGAUUGGGGAGUGUCCGGUUGUGCUUUGUACGGAUGAUGUGGGUUUUUUUUGUAGUCCCGUGUCGAAUGAGUAUUUGAUUGCGGCGGAGCAUUUUGAUCUUACGCGUGCUGAUGUCGUGGAUAUAUGUCGGGAGGGGGUUCGGGUGAUCUUUGGGGGUGAGGAGGAGAAGAAGCGGCUUUAUAGACUUUUAGAUGAGUUUGAGGCUGGGUAUAGAGAGUGAUGUUUGGUUUGUUGCUUGCUGGGUAUGUGUUGCCAGGAUAUAUCUAAUCGUUUGAUAAGAAGCAAGUAUGAGCGACACGACUGAAGGCGGACU